AAUCCGUGUCCCGUGUUCCCUGCGGGUAGCAGCUGCCUCACACCUCCCUGACCUCCAGAACUCAGAUUCGCGCAAAACCCACACCAGACCAGAUUCAAGAUUCCAGUAUUUAUUAGGCAGGCUCCCUACUUCACCCUCCUAUCGCUGGCGAGCUGCCAGUUUAGUCUAGUCGAAUUCACUCUCCUGCCGAACGGUGUUGGGAUCCUUCCCGCCCCUACGCGCUGCUUGCCCGCAUUCAGAUUUAAUAAAUCUGGGAGGAAGCCAGGCACUCGCCAAUCGGUGAUCUGGCUCAUCUAGUCGUAAACAAGAGAGGUGGACUGUCAGUCGCUAAGAUUUCACCGCUGGGUGCUGCCCGUCGGGAUAAGAGGGGGAAGGGGGGAAUGAGAGCUGCGGAAGAAGCGGGUCCCCCUAUUUGUCCAACGGUGUGCUUUAUUCUUCCCGGAGGCGGCUGCUCUGUACAGGAACGAGAUAUUCGUCUCGUUCCGGUGUCGUGUCCACAGCAGCCUCUGCAGGCAGCAGAGGCUUAACGCGAGCAGACGUAUUCCGUUUAACAUUUAACGAGUUCUGUUGACGGCGCCCGUAAAUUUUUUUCUUUUCUGUCAGUCAACACGGCGCAGGGGCAUUUGCGGCCGGCUCUGCUGCGAGCCGCGAGCGGCAACGGCGGCUGCAGCACGCUGGCAGCGGCAGCGGCGGCGGCGGCGGCGGGGGUGGCGGCGGGCUCAGACAUUGGAGCGGGGUCGCCAGGGAAGCUGCGAAAGAUGCAGAGCUGGAAGAACAAGGCGGUGGUGAUGUGCUCCAACAACUUCUGUCGCAGAACGUCGCCUGGCGACGGACCGACUUGUCGCUGGCACGUGCGGAACUACGGCAGCGAGGAUGAUCCCGUCAAUGUUACCCUAUGUAACGCGUGCAAGAUCAACUUCGAUCAGGGCAAGUACUGCCCCUUCUGCGUUCAGAUCUACCGCGAGAGAGAUCCAGACAGCUUCGACAAGAAACAAUGGAUCGGCUGCACCAACCGCAACUGCCGGCGCUGGUCGCACGAAGACUGCGAGAUGGAGUACGGAAUCGACGUCUCUAAGAUCGACCGUCGAUCCUACCAGUGCCCGGGAUGCCGCGACGCGGGCAAGCACUCGGACGCCAACGAACGACGUCGCCUGGGUCGCCACAACGCCGCGGAUCGCCUGGCGAUCGCGCAGGCCGCAGCAGCUGCCGCGGAGGCAGGGGGCGGCGCAUCCGCGGGAGAAAAGGACAGGGGGGGGAGAGGUGGAAGUGGAGGGGGUGGGGAUAAGGGCGGGGGUUCGCCCUCCCCCGCGCGGAUACUGUUCGGGGGAGGGGGAAGCGGAGGGGGGUCGGUUCCUAGUGGGCGGCGGAAGAGUAGGCAGUCAAGCGGCGGUGGCGCUGCUGCUGCUGGUGGCAGAAACGGGCUGCUUGCUGCUGCGGCAGCGGCAGCCAUAGCAGCUGUUGGUGCUUCGCCUGUCUCCCCACUAGGAGCACCAGCACCAGCGCACGGGGCAGAGGGGGGAGGAAGAGCAGGAGCAGGCGGAGGGGCGGGAGGAGGGGGGAAAGGGGCAGGGGGCGGGAGGGGCAGCAGCAGUGUGAAGGUGUUGUUUAAGGGGGAUGCGGCAAGAGGAAGAGCAACGGGUGGGGAAGGCGAGGCGGUGAAGAGUGAUGAGGGCGGUAGCGGUCAGCAUGGCAGCAGCAACGACACAGACAGCGACACUUUCCCUGGACUCCAGGACUCGUUGCGCUCCCCAAACCCCUCGAGCGACUCAACCCCUGGCGGGGACCAGGCUGACUCAGCUAACCGCGUUGACCACUGCGUUGACCACCGCGUUGACCAAUCAAAGCCUGAAACUGCCGUUGACCAGAGGAUCCACCCCGUUGACCACAUUGACCCCAUUGACCAGCCUGACCAGCGUGACCAGAUUGACCAGAUUGACCCCAUGGACACAGCUGACGACGAGAGAACCGGAGGGGUGGAGGAAGAGGGAGAGGCGGAGGCGGCUCGAAAGGCAUCUAGCGGUGGUGGUAACCACAGUAACAGCCAAGAUAACAGUAACAGCGAGCAUGGGUGGAGGAAAUCUCCUGUAGGAGCAGCAGCAGCAGCAGCGGCGUCCUCUGGGUUGCCAAGGAGCAGCAAGAGGGUGCAGGCCAGCACCAAGCCACUCAAGGUUGACCUGUCGAAGCUGCAGACGAGUUCGCUAAAGCGAUAUAAGAGGGUGUACAAGCUCAGAGACGCGUCUUCUGGCAAGGAGGAGCUCAAAAUCGCUGUGGCGCAGCACUUUGCCAGCUUGGUGGUAUCUGAGGAGGAGAUUAUUCACUCGCUGGUGGAGGUGUUUUCCAGGAGGUACCACCAGCGAGCAGCAGCAAACGCCACAGCUGAGACUCCUGCAGCAGCAGCCGCAGUGGCAGCUGCGGCCAAUCUCACGCAUCCGCAUGGCGCAGCAACGUGUUCUUAAAGCCUUUUUCGGCUUCACCAGCAAACGCCAGAGCUGGGACUCCCGCAGCAGCAGCAGCAGUUGCAGCUGCGUCUAAUCUGACGCAUCAACAUGGUGCAGCAGCGUACUCUUAAAGGCAGGAGGCCCAGCAACAUGGACUUAAAACCAGCAGUAUCAGUGGGAGCAGUGGGAAGGGAGGGGGGAGAGCAGUGGGACGACAGGGAGCAGUGGGGGUGGAGGGGAAAGUGGGGUGAGAGGGGGAGUAGUGGCAUUCACGUGCUUUUUAAGGCACCUGCAGAAAUGGCAGCUGUAUAAGGCCUCUGCGGCAGCAGCAGCACCAGCACCAGCAGUGGCUGUCACUAUGAUGAGCAGUAGGAGCCAGAGCAGCGUCAGUGGGAGCAGUAGGAGCAAUAGGGAGAAAAAGUAGGAAGGAACAGUCGGAGCAGUGGCAUUGUCAACAGCAGUUGGAGCAGGAGCAGUUUGAACAGCAGCAGCUGCGAGUGAUCUUCUCUCACUCCCCAACCUAGCGCCAUGGCGUGUGUCCAUCCAUAGUUCUUCAACUAACCCUCUGAUUGUGGUGCGUGCGCACGAGUUGACUUCGCAGCUGCAAUCUACUCUAGCAUAUGCUCCCCCACUCACCCCGACAUUUCACAGAUAGCCAGCUCCAUGAGGAGACCUGUGGAGAGGGGAGACCUGACUGAAUACAUAUUUGACUUUCCGGCCAUGAGGAGAGGAGACCUGUCGAGCUUGCUUGCUGCUAGCUGCACACAGGAAGCACUUGCUGCUGUAUCGAUGGAAAUAACUAUCAGCCCGCCUCGUCCAAAGCGCGGGGCAGGUUGAGCUCACAGUGGAAACGAGCAACGUUUGUAGGGUUAGUGUCUGCAGCAGUUAGUGUCAGCAACAUAUAGCAUUCGCAUCAGCAGCAUACCAGGGCAUGCUAGAAGGCCCUUGUCCAUGUUGUGGUAGUGGAUCUGUGUGUAGAAAUUAUAUAGUUGAUCAGUGCGUAGAAAUUAUAUAGUUAAGCGUUUUAGAGUAGGCUAUAGUGGAUAACUUUUAGUUUCUAGACAUUUGUAAUCGUGUAACU